AGUCAGACGAGCAACAUUCAACACAAGUUUGAGCCCUGUCUACAUCUACACCACCCCCCCAAAAAAACAGAACCUCAAUACUCUUCGAAAUCUCAGAUCUCUCCUUCUUCAGCCUUCCUACACUCAGAGUACAGCAGACUGGCUCCUUUGACAAACAAGGGGAAGUUCAGCAGAUACGAGUAAGUUACCAUCGCCUUGAGAUCGCCAGUAUCUGUUUCUGCAGCUGUGACCACAGCCGGGCCACAGAGAGUAACCGACAGAAACCAGUUUCAGGACUCCUUCUAGACUUCCUUCAGGUUAACCCGACCCCACCAACUCCCCAGCCAAGCUCCCGCCAUGUCUCUGGACGUGAAGGAGAAGACCCACGUGCGCCUCGUGUUCCUGGGGGCGGCCGGCGUGGGCAAGACGGCCCUGAUCCGCCGCUUCCUCCAGGACUCGUUCGAGCCCAAGCACCGGCGCACCGUGGAGGAGCUCCACAGCAAGGAGUACGACAUCGGCGGCGUUAAGGUCACCGUGGAGAUCCUGGACACCAGCGGCAGCUACUCCUUCCCGGCCAUGAGGAAGCUGAGCAUCCAGAACAGCGACGCCUUCGCCCUGGUCUACGCCGUGGACGACCCCGAGUCCCUGGAGGCGGUCAAGAGGCUCCGCGACGAGAUCCUGGAGGUCAAGGAGGACAAGUACACGCCCAUCGUGGUGGUGGGCAACAAGGCGGACUGCGAGGAGAAGCGUCUGGUGGCCAGCGACGACGUGCUGUCCACGGUGGAGCUGGACUGGAAUAACAGCUACCUGGAGGCUUCGGCUAAGGAGAACGCCAACGUGGUGGAGGUGUUCCGGGAGCUUCUGCAGCAGGCCAACCUGCCCAGCCGGCUGAGCCCCGCCCUGCGCAGACGCAGGGAGACCUUCCCCAAGGACCUGGGCGUCAGGCCCCCUAUGAAUAAGACCAACAGCUGCGUCGUCUCCUAAUGGGAGCGGGGCUGUGACUGAGGCAGAGGGGGGGGGCA